GAAAAGCUUGGCGAACAGUACAGAGUAAAAUGUCAGUAGAGAUCUAGAGUAGGAGAGGAUAGUGGGGUAACGUAGGGUGAAGGACAGGAACUCACGAUCAGUCUGUCUACAGUGUUUACCCAACGACAAACUCUCUGUCUCUUUCGGCGAACGCUACCCUCUAAAUUGUAGAAUUUAUAUUAUUAUUAUCGAAAGACAAGUUGCAUAAUCAAAAAGGCGAGAUGCCUCGAAUAAUUGGGAUAUUGUUCCUCACUUCAACCUUCAUCAUAGCAGUUCAUUCAGAAAAUGUGUUAAAAUGCUACAUGUGCACCUCAGUAUCAGACGAAGGCUGUGGUUCCAAUGGUUCCAAUGUCACAACACAGUUACUACCAAUGGAAUGUACCCGUAACAACAUAGGGAAAUGGCAACAAAUAAUCAGGCAACGUAAUGACCUCAAGCCGCUUGCAGAUUAUGUUGAGAAAUUAGCAGACCUUCACGAAAGCAUGUACCAGAAUAUAGCUUGUGUCAAAAUGAUCCUUAAUAAUACAAAACAAGAUAUUAUCGUAAGAAUGUGCCACACAGUUAAAACGAAACGGAUUGAUCCAUGUAAAACGAUGGAAACUGAACCAAUUAACAAUGGGUUGACCAUGGAGCAAUGUGCAUUUUGUCUUAAAGAUGCUUGCAAUGGCACAAUGUUCCUAUCUUGUGAAAUAUUGUACAUUUUUCUGUCAUUUUUGUGCAUUCUUCUUUGUUAUUCAUAAUUUCCAUUACUUUAUACUUUCUCAAAAAUUUGCUAUAUACUGGACAAUUAUCAUUCGGCACUAGAUAUAGACAUUCGUUUUGUAAUUGUAGCUCAACUAUGGAGAAGUUAGACUCCUACAUAAAUAGUAUAUGAUUUACAUAUUAUAUAUGUGGCCAAAACUCGAAAUCUGAAAAAUUUUCAAAACCAAUUCAUUUCAUUAAUCAAGUUAUUUAGUUGAUAUUAACCGGUCAGUGCUUUAAUACAGAAAAUUCAUUGCGAAAAAUAUUACCUCAAACUGGGUUUGAACCUAGACUUCCCUUCUUCCAUUUCAUAUUUGAUCAAUUUUGAUUAAAGGUAAAAAAUAGUUAUUUUAAUUAAUAAUAGUUAUAAUUAUUUUAAUUAGCUGACUAAUUUUAGAACAGACUGUAUCUUGUUGAUUAGACAGCUGGCACACUAAUUCUUGUUAUAGUUUGCUAUAUAAAUAUAAUGCUAUAUUUUACAAAUGAUAUUAAUCAUUGAUUUAGGAAUCACUAUUCACAUCGAUUUUACUAAUUAACUUAUUAUGACUAAUUAAAAUUUAUUUAUUAUUAUAAGUACUCAUAUACAUUUUUUUAAAAAUAAGUUUUAUAAUAAAUCAAACUGGGAAUCAAGAUGUUAUUAGUUUUAUCUUGGAAUAAUAGAGAAAACUUUAAAUAAUCCUAAUUAAUAGUAAAAUAAAUUAAAUUAAAUUGAGUUAAGUCAAUUUAAUAAUUAUAAAUUACUUAGUAAAUAUAAUCCCGAAUAGAAAUUUCCCAAACAUUCCCAAAUAUAGCUUAGAUUCUGAUUAGAUUACCCAAACUUAUCCCAAAUAGGAUAAUACAUAUAUUGUGAUACCAAUUGGAAAUCCGAUUCUCAUCCCAUUUAUAAAAAAACUUUAGGAAAAUAUUCGGUAAACAAAAUAGAAUCUGUCUAGGUUUUACAAUAUACUAUUACGUUUAAGCGUGAAGAUAUAUUAUAAUUAUAGCAGUAAUGUAACGCUAAAUCUUUUUGGAAUAAUUUUAAUAUCGCGUGAACGCUUUUGUGGAAUUAUUUACUAUACAAUUAUUAUAGAAAAUACAAUUAUUAUAGAAAUUAACUCUAAAUAGAAU